GGUCGUGAUGCUGCUGUUUGUGUUGCUAAAUCCCCCGGAGUCCAGUUAAGAAAUGGGCAGCUGUCUCUUUAAGUGUGAUUUCCUUCUAUUGUAUUUGAAUCGUGAUCAGGAAAAAGGAAAUGAAACCAGAGACUCGGGGCUGAGCUAAAUAAUAAUAAGGAUGAUGCUGAUCUCCGCAUCUGCGGCAUAUGCACCUAUCUCAGUCUAGAGCAUGUACAGAGCUGUCCAGGCAGAAAGCAUAAGCAAAGCAAAGGGGACUCCAGGGUAAGCAGCAGUGACAGCUGAGACAGUCUGUUUCCAUCAGUGAUCUGAACAGCAGCAGCAGCAGCUGGGGCUGCCCAGCCACGCAGCAAACAGGAGGAGCAUUGCAAGGAUGGGAGGUUAGAUCCUAAGGGUCAGCCUUGCGGAGACAUAACCCAGCAGCAGCAACCCAUAUUUCUUUCUCUCUUUGGUGUUGCAGGAGGAAAUCCUGUGAAUGUCAUUGGGGGGUGGAGGGGAAACUCAGCUGGUGAAAAGGCAUCAGGAGCAGACAGCCUUUGUCGGGGCAGAGGGGGCAGAUCCUACCAGAGACACACUACAAAGGAACAAGCCCUGCCAAUGUCAUCAGCCAUCGAGAGAAAAAGCCUCGAUCCUUCCGAGGAGCCAGUGGAUGAAGUGCUCCAAAUCCCCCCUUCACUGCUGACAUGUGGAGGUUGCCAGCAGAACAUUGGGGACCGUUAUUUCCUGAAAGCGAUCGAUCAGUAUUGGCACGAGGACUGCCUCAGCUGUGACCUGUGUGGAUGCAGGCUUGGAGAGGUGGGGAGACGAUUGUACUAUAAACUGGGCAGGAAACUCUGCAGGAGAGACUAUCUCAGACUCUUUGGCCAAGAUGGCCUUUGUGCUUCCUGUGACAAGCGAAUCCGGGCCUAUGAGAUGACUAUGCGAGUGAAGGACAAAGUAUACCACCUGGAAUGCUUCAAAUGUGCUGCUUGCCAGAAACAUUUUUGUGUCGGCGACAGAUACCUCCUCAUCAACUCAGACAUAGUAUGUGAGCAGGACAUCUAUGAGUGGACUAAGAUAAAUGGGAUGAUAUAGCCAGGACAUGCCUCAUAGUCAUCAAGAGGUAUCUUAUGGGUGGCACAAAUGCAUAGCUGCAAUGAGGAGAUAAUUGCUCAAACUAUGUGCUUUGUCUAAACUGGGGGGGAAAGACCACAGCCCUUUUCAGACAGUGCUACAUAGACUCUAAACUACAAGCAAUAGCAAAUAGACUGACUUCUAUUAGCAAAGGCGUACUGACAAUAACUGACAUUAUCAGCCAUGUAGGCGAGAGUUGGGGAACAAAUACAUUGUGAUAAUGGAUUCUCAUAACUGGAAACGCAGUAAUGACUUGUGUAAAGAGACAUUAUGACUUUGACACUCGCAGACUAGGAUUGUGCAAUUGAUUUUUCUUCCCAUCUUUUCUAGUUACUCUGUUUAGACAAUAGUUUCCAAUAUAGACAUAAGGAAGGACACUGGCGAUGAAGAGUCAGUCAGAGUCUCCAAAGCCUUAAGCUUUGUGCAGGAGAGUAAAUGGUUUUUUCGCAUGGAAAUCUCUCCCUCUCCCCUGAGAAUGAAAAGUGCAACAUCUAGCCCCAAACAAUUCUUUCAAUAAAUUCUCAUGAAUAGCUGUUUUCAAGCAGCACUGUUUGAAGGUCAGAUGCUCCACAGAUCAUUUCUAUACAAAUAUAAAUCUAAAGAGUUGUUCAACUAUUUUAUUAAUUUAGAUUAUAUCAAUAAACUAUUUGUUGUGUGUAGUAAGAACUUGAAUGCUUUAAUAAAAACAACAAAAGGUU